CGAGUUCUAGAGAGGGAGAGUGAGUGAGAAAACAAAAGGCUGUUGUUGGGAUCCCAUCUUCCUUAACUUCCAAUCCCAGCUUCCUUUUCUUCCUCCACCCCACCAGCACCACUAUCACCACCAAUACCGCCACACACCGCCGUUGACGAUCCAAAUUCCCACCGUAGACUUUUACAAAAAUAUAUCAAUUAUGUCGAUCAACAUGAAAACUCUAACCCAAGCCUUCGCCAAAGCCUCAGCUAAAGCCUCAGCGGUGAUCGAGAAAACGGUUCAAACCACCGUACAAGAAGUUUCUGGUUUACCCAGAGCUUUACAAGACUACGAUCUCUUAGAUCAGAUCGGGUCAGCCGGACCGGGCCUAGCUUGGAAGUUGUACUCGGCCAAGGCCCGAGAUGGCCACGCCGUGUACCCAAACGUUUGUGUUUGGCUUCUUGAUAAGCGAGCUCUUUCCGAGGCACGACAACGGGCAGGGCUAUCCAAGACUGCUGAAGACUCGUUUUUUGACAUCAUUCGGGCUGAUGCCUCCCGGCUGGUGAGGUUGAGGCAUCCUGGGGUUGUUCAUGUAGUGCAGGCACUUGAUGAGAGUAAAAAUGGUAUGGCUAUGGUUACAGAACCCUUGUUUGCUUCGGCUGCUAAUGCUUUGGGGGAUUUGGAGAAUAUUGAGAAAGUUCCCAAAGAGCUUAAAGGAAUGGAAAUGGGGUUGCUUGAGGUUAAACAUGGUUUGCUCCAAAUUGCAGAAACGUUGGAUUUCCUCCAUAGCAAUGCUCGUCUAGUUCAUCGGUCUAUAUCACCUGAGACUAUUCUCAUCACUUCAAAUGGAGCUUGGAAACUUGGUGGUUUUGGUUUUACCAUAUCAGUGGAUCAAGCAGCUGAUUUAUCCAACAUUCAGGCUUUCCAUUAUUCUGAAUAUGAUGUUGAAGACUCUAUUAUACCACUUCAGCCAUCACUAGACUACACUGCACCAGAGCUGGUUCGAAGUAAGACAUCUUCUGUGGGGUGCUCCUCUGAUAUUUUCAGUUUUGGAUGCCUUGCCUACCACUUGAUUGCUCGGAAGCCUCUGUUGGACUGCCACAACAAUGUGAAAAUGUAUAUGAAUAAUUUGAAUUACUUAUCCAGCGAGGCUUUCUCUUCGAUUCCACAAGAACUAGUUCCGGACUUGCACAAUAUGCUUUCUGCAAAUGAGGCUUUGAGACCAACUGCCUUGGGUUUUACAAGUUCAUCUUUUUUCCGUGACGACACUAGGUUGCGUGCUCUUCGCUUCCUGGAUCACAUGCUUGAAAGAGAUAACAUGCAGAAAUCUGAGUUUUUAAAGGCAUUAUCUGACAUGUGGAAAGAUUUUGACUCCCGUGUACUGCGUUAUAAGGUUCUUCCUCCACUUUGUGCAGAGCUCCGGAACGUGGUAAUGCAACCCAUGAUUCUUCCCAUGGUUCUGACCAUUGCAGAAUCUCAGGAUAAAAGUGAUUUUGGGAUAUCGACCCUGCCAGCUCUUGUUCCUGUUUUAAACAGCGCAGCAGGUGAAACAUUAUUGUUACUUGUUAAGCAUGCAGAGCUUAUUAUCAACAAGGCUAGUCAGGACCACUUAAUCUCACAUGUUCUGCCCAUGCUUGUCCGAGCUUAUGAUGAUACUGAUCCACGUUUGCAAGAGGAAGUCCUGAAAAAGACUGUAGCACUUGCUAAGCAACUUGAUCUUCAGUUAGUAAAACAGGCAAUCAUGCCUCGCGUUCAUGGGUUGGCAUUGAAAACGACUGUUGCUGCGGUGAGGGUCAAUGCACUAUUAUGUUUGGGAGACAUGGUCCACACACUGGACAAGCCUGCUGUUCUAGAGAUCUUACAGACAAUACAAUGUUGUACUGCGGUUGAUCGUUCUGCACCAACUCUUAUGUGUACCCUUGGGGUAGCCAACUCCAUCUUGAAGAAGAAUGGGAUAGAAUUUGUGGCAGAACAUGUCCUUCCACUUCUCCUGCCCCUUCUCAUUGCUCAACAAUUAAACGUUCAGCAAUUUGCAAAAUACAUGGCUUUUGUAAAGGAGAUUCUCAGGAAGAUUGAAGAGAAGCGAGGAGUAACACUGAGCGACUCAGGAAAUCCAGCAGUAAACAUAAAAUCAUCUCUUACUGUUGAUGCUCAGAUACCUGGACAUGUGAACAAAACAAGUGUGAGUUCUCAGUCUACCACAAAACGCAGCCCGUCAUGGGAUGAAGACUGGAUUCCACCAAGGGGAUCUUCAACCACCGUGCAGUCUUCUAUGGCAUUGCCUUCCCAGUCUACUUCUGCAGGACAGUCUAUCCAAGUUACUUCUGGGCCUUCACAGUCAUACAUGACAUCUACUGUAUCUGGUCAGCAACUAUCAUCUUCAUGUCCUGCAGUUGAUGUGGAGUGGCCUCCUAAACCUUCGUCAUUUGGUACUACCAUUCUAAGUGAUUCUGAGAAACAAUUAGAAAACAAGGGGGCAUUGGGUUCAAGUCUUGAUGAUAUUGAUCCUUUUGCUAACUGGCCUCCCCGAUCUAGUGGUUCCUCAGCUGCUUCUCACUCUUUGAACAAUGGAUCAACGGCCCCGUUCGCAAACAGACCCGUGUCUAACAAUAGUGCUACUCUUCUUAAUGGUUUAAACUCUCAAACAAAUGGCCUUGAUCCAUGGGCUUUCAGCACCCCAAUUUCUUCACAGCCCUUGAAACAGAAUCAAGGGAUUACAUCACGCCCUGAUAGUAUCAGUAGUGGGGGUCUUGACUCACAGAGUUCAUUUGGAUUCAUGAAACAUAGUCAAGGGUCAUCAUCAGCUUUGGGUGCUUCUAGUGGUCGAGCAACCAAUAUUGGAUCAAUAUUUUCUUCGAACAAGGGUGAGCCGACUGCUCCAAGGUUGGCUCCUCCUCCAUUAACUGCUGUCGGUAGAGGAAGGGGAAGAGGUAGGGGAAAUCAAGGGCAACUCAGGUCCUCAACAUUAGGGUCUGGUAAUGCAAAGUCUCAUCCAGAGCAACCCCCUCUACUUGAUUUGCUCUAAUUGCCAAUAUGCAGAUCCCUUGCGAUGCGAGUCCAGUGAUCUGAUUAAAGAUCAAUCUGGAGAGCUGUUGAUACCACGUGAUUAAAGAUUUUUGCUAGCAAUGCCAUGGAGAAACCUGUUCAUACUCUUACUGCAUGGCAGUGUUUGCCUGGGUAGGCAAAGAUUGUUGUAGAGUGACUCUUUUUGUAGAAUAGUGUGGCUGAGUUUUGGUUUUCCUUGUUUAUCAUUUUUAUUCUUCAUUUAAUUUGUUGAACAAGGGUUGCUUUGUAAUAAUUGUAUUUUUAAAAGUAAUUAGCUCUCAACGAUGUUUAAGAAAUAAUGAAAGAGAUGGGUGAUGGGACAUUUCAAUCUUUUCUCUAGAAUACGGGGCUUAUGAAAUUCAAUUUCCUCUUUUAUGAA